AUGCCAGCCUCAUCUUCGCCUUCAUCGCCAGCUGUCGAGAUCGACGACGCGCAGCAAGGCGUCCUAGACGUCGUCCCAUCUACCUCUCCCUCCACGUCCCCGGCCAAGAGCGACACGAGCUUCACAUCUAAAGCGGGAGCUGCUGCCUCUGGACAAAAGAAGAAGCACAAGUCUGUGCGCUCUCUGACGAGGGAAUACGAAGAAACCUCCUCCCCGGUCUCUUCUUCUUCAGAACGUGGGCCGAGCAUCUCAUCUACGCUAUUCCCUCCAGCGUCCGAGGAGGGUCAAGACGUCGCAAGGCCUGAUCUGAGCGGGAGGAGAGCCUCCAAUUCGUCCAGCGGGUCGACCAAAGGUCAACAGUCGGGGUCAACCCACGCUCGAGCUCCGUCUGUGCUGCUCGCGUCUGGCAGCUAUCCAUCCACUCUUUCGCCAGCAUCCGAAACGAGCCCUAAUAGACCGCGCACUAUCAGUGGUAGUAGUCUCAGCGCUGAGCAGCUGCGAAACACCAACAAGGCUUUGGGCAUUGCGAGCGCAGGCUACCCCUCAUCGUACUCGAGGGAAAGGAAAUCGAGCUCUACCUUUGAGGGCAGCCCUGAACGCAAGGCGGUGCCGCUACCUGAGACGGCAUCAGGUGCAGGGGCUGCGCUAGAAAGGCACGACAUGGAGAGAGAGACAAGUUCGGAAAGUAAGGGCGGGCUGCCGGCGCUCCGCGUCAGUGUACAACCAGCAACUCCAUCGCUCAAUGGCUUCCCAGAGGGAGAACAGGCUCGCGCGACCGAGGCAGCCAAGGCAUCCCGUGUUGCCGAGGAGCAGGAGGAGGCCUACGAAUCUCUAGAUGCUUUCCCGAGCGAUGCGACUUUGCCGUUGGACAGACGGAGCUCAUCAGCGUCAUCGGAACUGACAUCCGGUGGACUUUCGCAGAGCGCUUUGGAUCGGAUGAGCCCUGCAGAGAGGCGCGAGCAUAGCCGCAUGCACUCUACUGUUCAUGCCAGGAACCUGUCCACAUUCUUCCCGAGACCUGGUACGGAAGCAGAGGCAGAGGCGGAUGCUGCUCAAGCGGCAAGAAACUUUUCUGGCGCAGCUCCAGCCGAUACGACGGAAGCAACUCUGGCACCGGCUUCCGCCGAUGGAGGUGCCAACUUGCAAUCUAGCUCCAGCAGGAGCAGAAGAGGACAUCAUAGAAAACACUCCGUCAACCAUGCGGCGAUGUUGGAUGCCAGAGGCGGACUUCAGACGCACAGCCUCGGCUCUUCCCCAAGCGAGGUGUCGGCUGGAGGGAUGUCAUCUGCCAGUCCUCUGUCUCCCGUAUCCGCAGCGACGGGCAAGUACGGCUCGGAUGUGCCCCCUUGGGAGGUCAAUGCUCCUUCGUCGCUGGACAAUUCAGGCCCACGUCACGCACCGCACGCAGCUGCGACCGCAUUCGGAUCUUCCUCUUCUUCCAGCUCCCUCGCGGACUUGUCCGGUCUGCCACCUUCCGCCAGACCUCUCCUCUUGUUUGGUGCGGUGCACUUUGGUAUAGGAGCGGGACUAUGGGUGGCCGGACAGGCUGGAGACUCUUUAGCCAUGACAGGUCUCGGAUAUCUUGUCGUGUUUGACGCGCUCGGCAGCUGGUGCGAAGCCGGCGGGCAGUGGGCUACUACCAAAGCUAAGGCGGAGAAUAAGGCUGGCAAGGUAUACGGGUGAGUGCUAGGAUGUGAAACAUGAGAGUGGAGGCGCGCCAGCGCAGCUCACGCUGCCCUCUGCUCUACACCCCAACAGACCUCAACGAGUCGAAACGCUGCUGCACUUUGUGCAAUCUAUUUACCUCGUAUUUGCAUCCAUCUACGUUCUCAAAGAGUCGAUCGAGCACGCUUUGCUCGAGGGUUCGGAAGAGGUGCAUGCGGAGGACAAUGCGGGGUUGCACCUGCCUAGCGGGCUACUGCUGGCUGCCAGUGCAGCUGGCCUCAUCAGCAGCAUGGUGCUCGGUAAUCAUCAAGGUCUCGUCGCUGGUGAGUUGCGAUGAAUUUUGACCCUGAUGCGCAUCAUUGCUGAAUUUCAGUGCUCGCUCCAGCGUGCGGCAUUUCUACUGCGGCUGCAGACUCUCAGUCAGGUCGCGCGGUUAGGAGCCGAAGAGGGCAUGCGCGAAAAGCCUCAGUGCUGGUCGAUCCGGCCACGCUGGCUGGUCCAUUCCUUUCGCUGCUCUCCAACCCUUUCAGCUUGACUAUUCUCUUCUUCAGCCUGGUGCUCACGCUCGCCAGCAUCGUCAUGCCUCCGUUUCAGGUAGCUGCGCUGGACAAGGUGCUCGCAGGUCUGGAGAGCGCCGCGAUGAUUUAUAUUGCGUACCCGGCUAGCAAGGCGCUAGGAAAGGUCCUUCUUCAGACUGCGCCUGAAAAGUGGCAGACACAGAGCGUACAGCUCAUGCAUACCCUCAAGACUGUGAGUAGCCAUGCUGGCUUCGAUUCAAAGAACUGCUGUUCUGACCUCACACUCUAUGCAGAUCGAGGAGCACCCGCUAGUGACCUACGUGGCACCGCCGCACUUGUGGCAAUUGACUCCCAAGACGUCCGCCUUGUCUGGUCCACAGGGACAAGUGCCUUCGAUCCUUUCAGGCGGUGCGGCUGUGCAACAGACGGGUCCGAGGUCUGCUAAGGCAGCGUCGCUCAUCGCCAAUGUGCAAGUGUUUUUGCACAAGGAAGCGACAGACUCGGACGUGCUCAAUGUGACUAGGUGGGCUUGGCAAUUAGCUGCACCGGCUUUGGGAGCGGGAACGGGAGCUAGUGCAGGAGAAAGCUUGAGGGGUAGCUUGAGAGCUGGUGAACUGGUCAUUCAGUGCAGUAGAGAGGGCAGAGAAAGAUCCGGCUGUGACCAUGAGCAUGAUGGGCACGAUCAUGCCCACGAUCAUGAUCACGCACACGCACACGACGACUCUGCCCAUCGUCACCAUGAUCAUGACCGCCACGAACACGCGCACCAAGAUCAUGCCCAUCAUCACCACGAUCACGGUACACACAACCAUCAGGAUCACUCUCACUCCCACAAUGGGCACGGUCACGCUCAUAGUCUUGCACACGACCAUGUCCACGAUCACAGCCAUGA